CUUCUGGACAGAGCAAUAUAAUGAGCAACGGGGCGGAGGGGUUUCCAGACUUCACUCUUACUGAUCCGGCUCCUACUCAAUCAGUAUGGCAGCUCUGAAAAUCGCACUGCUGGUCACUGCCCUCUGCGCUGGGACAGCCUCCUCCCUGAAGUGUUACUCGUGCACCUCCCAAUCCAACAAUGCCAACUGCAAGACCGAAAGCAGCUGCAACAUCUAUGAGCUCUUCUGCCGAACCAACGUGGUCUCCUCCUCUACUGGUUUAUCCAUCACCAAAUCAUGUGCCACCGCCUGUGUCCCAAGUAGCACUGACUCUACUACAGUCUCCUGCUGUGCCUCCGACUUGUGUAAUGUUAGUGGCACCCCCGGGGUUAAAUACAGCUCCGCCCUCUUGGCUCUGUCUCUGGGAUUGGUUCUGCUGAAAAACUCCCUCCAGUGAAAGCUCCUGAUUGGUGACUUCUCGUCCGUCCUACUUGCGCCUUAAUAAACACGCGAUAAUGAAGAAAAA